AUGGAGAAAAAGGUUAUUGGAGAUGUGACGGAGGAAUCUUCUUUGAAGAUAGUCUCUGUUAUUGACAAAGAUACCUACGGCUACGGCUCUGUGUCCAACAUUAAUAAUGAUUCCAACUUGGAGAAAUCUUACAUGAAGAAGACAUGUACGCUCAAACAUGCCGAGAAUCUCGAGAGGGAGCUUAAGACGAUGCUUCACUUCCACGCCAACCCUUUCAUCGUCCAAGCUUCUUGCCCUCAUCUUCACUUCGAGUGUAACACCAAAAGCGCGACUUUGUGUUACAUCUACCUGGAGUAUGCUUCCUUAGGCAAUCUCGACAAGAUGAUCUCUGAUGCUGGUGGGAGAUUGCCUGAAGAUAGUGUCAGACGCGCCACUCGUAUGAUUCUACAAGGACUCAAGGCUAUUCACGCGGAAGGUUACCUCCACUGCGACCUCAAACCCUCCAAUGUUUUUGUCUUCCCUUCCAGCAGACCUGGAGAGCCAUGGGAUCUCAAGCUUACUGGUUUCGGCUUAUCCAAAGAUCCUACUAUGGACACUAGCCUAUUGUUUCCUGGACCCCGUACGGCGUAUAAGCCGCCUGAGGCCGGGUAUAUUGUUGGGGCGCCGGACAGAUUGAUCGGACCCGCCAGUGAUGUAUGGUCUCUAGGGUCUACGGUUCUUGAUAUGUUUGGGGUAAUACAUCUGCCUCCGGUGGCAGAGUACUUCUGGCAACGGUGCUCUGAGCGGCAGCCUGCAGAUAGGGCAACUGUGGAUGAGCUCUUGGAACAUCCUUUUGUGUCUGAGAAACCUUCAUCCUUUCUUGAGGUUUCCUUCUUCAAUAUGGAACAGUCGUAUAUAAUACGUGAUGAAUUGAUUCCAAAAUAUCCAGACCCUUUCGGCCUCUACAAUGUAAACAUCUGCGAGUGA